CUGUAGGGAGAGGAGAGUGAGGGGGAACACGCGCAGUCAGAGGAGGCCGUUCGCUCUUCGCGUUAGCGAGAGAGGAGGCCGCCUGUCGUUCACGCGCGCGCGAGAGAGAGAGGAGAGAGGAGAGAGGAGAGAGAAAGAAAGGGGGGAGACGUUGGGGGUAGAGAGAGAGAGAGGAAGUUCAGUGUUCACAUUUCACAUGAUUAUUCCUUCUUGUCGAUCCAGUCAUGUUUCCUUACAAUUACCACAACAACAUUAGCAAUGCCACUCAGUUCCCAAAUCCGAAGUCAUUAUUUACCUCAGAAAUAGGGGUAUCAGGAUCUUCAGCCAGAGGGGAAUUAAAUUUAACACCGUUGGGUGCAUUACAUGAUGCAGAAAACAUGUUAGCCCAUUCUAAGAAGCUUGAGGAAAAUUUACAAAAGCUGGGACUGAAAAUUAAACAUUAUGAAGACAACUGUGCAUUUCUCAACGACCAAAUGGACAAGUUAGAUCAGUUGAUUUUUCAGUUGCAAGGCAGUCUUGGGAAGUUGCAUACUUCUGUUACAUCCCAGGUCGACAAUCAUACAUAUGAUAGCAAACAGUCUGAGCAGAACACAGUUGAACAGAUACUAAGGCAAGAAAAGACAGCAGCUGGCGUAUUGUGCAAGUUGAAAAGCUUGCAUGCAUCUCCAAACCUCAUGACUUCAGAUGUGCUUGGUAUAGUUGCAACACUUGGCAAAGUACAUGAUGAUAACUUGAGCAGGCUUUUGGCAGAGUACCUUGGAAAGGAAACAAUGCUGGGAAUAGUAUGCAAGACUUACGAUGGUGUUAAGGCACUUGAAAAGUAUGACAGUGAUGGCAAAAUUGAUCGAACACUUGGAAUUCAUGGACUUGGGUGUUCUAUUGCGAGGCCCAUUAAUGGCAGGUUCCUUGCCAUUUGUCUUGAUCAACUAAGACCAUACCAUGGAGGCACCAUAGCUGGGGAUCCACAGAAGAAGCUUGAUUUGGUGAUGCCCAGACUCCAAACUGGAGAGUGCCCAUCUGGCUUCAUUGGCUUCGCGGUCAAUAUGAUUGCCAUUGAAAGUAAGAACUUGUCUUGUGUCACGGCAAGUGGACAUGGCUUGCGAGAAACUCUGUUUUAUUGUCUCUUUUCCCGGUUGCAAGUGUAUCGAACCAGCAAUGAGAUGAGGUGUGCUCUUCCUUGCAUAAGUGAAGGUGCAAUCUCUCUAGAUGGUGGAUUAAUCAAAAGCAAUGGUAUAUUUGUCUUAGGUGCCAGAGAAGAAGUUGAUGUGGGAUUUCCAUUGACCUCAGAAUUUGUAGAUGAACCAACAGAGGUCGUUGAGGCUGAAGAGAAGUUUAGACUGAUGUUUUGGGAAAAAGAAAGACUCAUCGAAGAUUUGCAGAGGGAACAAGUACUACUGCAAAAUGCGAAACUCACAUUUAAGCAAAAAAAGAGGGAGUUCAAUAGAUUACUUGCAGACAGCUCUCUUUACAGGAGCAACCCUGCCAUGUCUGGUGAUAUGGAGAAUGGGGCUGGACGAGCAAGGAGCACAACACCCCAAGUUUACAGCUGAAGCAAAAGAGGACUCAAGCAAGGUUCAAGAGUCUGCUUGUGCAUGCUUUCAAAUUGUAUAUUAGACUACAAUCAGUUACAGUUUGCAUUGCGCAAUUGCAAUCAAUGAAUCCCCUUAAGUCAGUUUGCCAUGAAUAAUUGAUUAGUCCCUCUUCUUGCACUCAAACUAGUUGAGCUGGGGUUUGGUGUUUACUUCUUUACAUGCUGAACUUUGGUUUGUGCGUGUCCUGAGAGGGGGAUAGAGCUUAAUUAUUGUAUGAAUACUAAUCAGAACCGUGCCCAAAAUCCUCAUGGAAAGCAAUAGCAACUUUCGGUUUCCCCUGUUAUAGGGUGUAUUAUAAGGGGAAUGAUCCUAUGUAUUUUCAA